UAACACCUUAUUGUUUUUUGCAAUACUGUAUGAAUUAUGUCAUAUGUGGCUAAUCAGUUUUAGGUAAAUACUAGACUAAUACUAGGCUUUUUAUUGAUACCUGUGGCUAUUGGAAAGUUCUGAAUCAUGAUGAUGAGUGCAAAAGAGGGAAAGUAUGUGAGGCCAGCGCCUUUUGCUGUACCCUGUGACGACGAUGACGACGACUAUGACCUCGAUAAACCACUUUUGGUGGAAGACAUCAAAGCUGGAAAAGUGAAACGACCAAUUAGGAUAUAUAUGGAUGGAAUAUGCGAUCUCUUCCAUAGCGGACAUUCUAGAGCAUUUCUACAGGCGAAGAAUAUGUUUGAAAAUGUUCAUUUAAUUGUUGGAUUGUGCAGCGACAAAAUGACCCACAAGUAUAAAGGAUUUACAGUACUUACUGAUGAAGAAAGAUACGAUGCCGUCAGUCAUUGCCGGUAUGUCGAUGAGAUCGUACCAGAUGCGCCCUGGGUUGUUACUCCAGAACAUUUAAAGCGAUAUAAGAUAGAUUUCGUGGCCCACGAUGACGUGCCUUACAAGUCCGUUGAUCACGAUGAUGUGUAUAAAGGCAUUAAAGAUAUGGGCAGGUUUCUGCCGACCCAGCGAACCGAGGGCAUCUCAACAUCGGAUCUCAUCGCCCGUGUCAUACGCGACUAUGAUAACUACGUGAGGAGAAAUUUGAAGAGGGGUUACACGCGGGAGGAAAUGAAUGUCAGCCUCAUCAAGGAGAAGGAGCUGAGGGCAAAGGCGAAGUGGGGCGAAAUUAAAGAUAACAUCAUCAGCAAGUGGGAGGAGAAAUCGCGCGACAUUAUUGGUGGAUUUCUGGACAUGUUUGGCCGCGAUGGGACACUGAAAACAUGGCUGGAAGAUAAAUCUAUGAACAUGCAGACUGCCAUCUCUCGUGCGCUUUCGCCAUCACCUACGCAUUCUGGAUCGGUUGAUGAAUUCAGUUAUACCGCGGAGAUCAGUGGGGACGAGUCUGACAAUGAGGAAUCGUCCAGUCCUAAAUCAGAUGUUCAGAUGGAGGACGAGGGUAGUGUUGAAAUACCCAGUGCCAAAACUAGUCGUACCUAGCGAGAAGUUGCAUGAGCUCCGUUUUAAUUUUAUCACGAUUCACAGUGCAGAUUACACCAAUGAGUAAAUAUGUUAAUGAUUCUGUGGGCACUCGAAUCCUGGCCACAACCACAGCUACCACUUGUAUGUCAACUGACCUAGAAAUAUUGCUGGAUCUAGCAAUCUAGAUUGUUGAGAUUUUUUAAUCGAAACAGGUGGAACGCUGCCUAAUAGGAUAACCACCAGUGGCGUAGCCAGUCGACGAUUUUGCCCCACUAUGUAAAUUUCGAGUUAUUAUAAUUUUUAUAAUUAUUUAUGUCUUCAGAAAUUUAUUGUUUUCACAUUCAAUGAGUACCAUAAUAUUAGCAUAGUGGGACAAAUUGUCAGACUGGUUACGCUACUGAUAACCACGCUUAUGUUUACGUACGUAAAACCAACUAUGAAGAUCAACCAUGCAAACUGAGAAAGAAUAUUAGCCAAUGAGAGGACAGAUCCUCGGCAAAACUGAGUUAUCAUUACCUUCAUUUCUUUCAACCUACUUGGUAAAACUUAGGCUUUCUUUUUCUAGGCAGUUAUCGAAUAUCGGAAAUUUAAUUUCGCUCCUUUAACUUAUUAAGAACUUUGACAAAUGCUUUCUAGUACAAGAUAGGUCAGUUUUGCCGUCUGUAUUUUGGUUCAGCUUGGACGGAUUCGUUUCGAAUAUUCCAAGUAGACCUUACCUUACCACUACCUUUCGAGCGUGAAGGUAGUUGAGUUACUUUGGGUUGCGAUAUGGUUGUGUUCAGGAGCGAUUUAUUUUGUAAGCAGUUCGUGGCAAUCGCUCCUGAACAUAGCACCACCACAACUCUCAAAUAAUCAACUACCGUCACGCAUAGCGUUGAUCAUGUAUAAUUAGUUCUCAAACUAAACUACAUUUUGAACUCCCUUGUACCUAGGCGUAAAUUUUCAGACAGCCGUUAAGCUCGUUAUCGCUCAAGGGCGUAGAACACUGAAGUCGAUUUCUGCAUGCUGACAAAUCCUCUUGCAUGUGAAAAGGGCUUGAUGGCUCAAAACAAAAACGCCUGAGUACGAAGGUAGAGAAUAAUGGAACAAAAUUAAGCGUAUUUUUAAAUUACUAGAUUAAUAAAACAAUAACUAUAAAGAUUAUUUUAAUGACUAUUUAAUAGCUAUAAGAAUAAAAAAUAAAUGUAUUUACGGGAUCAGUGGUUAUUCGAAGCACAUUUAGCUUAUUAUAGCUCUAAAAAAUA